AUGGAAAAUACCAACAAUGUCACAGAAUUUAUACUGUUGGGACUUUCCCAGAAUAAGAAAAUUAAAAACCUGUGCUUUCUGCUGUUUUUAUUUUGUUACAUAGGUAUUUGGCUGGGAAACGUGGUCAUAAUGAUUUCUAUCACAUGCAGUCAGUUAAUUGACCAAGCCAUGUAUUACUUUCUUAAUUAUCUUGCUUUAUCUGACCUGUGCUAUACUUCCACAGUCACACCCAAACUAGUCACUGACCUGCUGGUAAAAAAGAACACAAUUCCCUUUAGUAGCUGCAUGGCACAGCUUUUUGCCAUGCAUUUCUUUGGAGGGAUUGAGAUUCUCAUCCUCACAGUGAUGGCUUAUGACCGCUAUGUGGCCAUCUGCAAGCCCUUGCAGUACAUGGUCAUCAUGAACAGAGGGAGAUGCCAUGCCAUGGUCACAGUUUGUUGUGUUGGUGCCUUUCUACAUUCCUUUAUCCAGUGCCUCCUUACUACCAGUCUCCCCUUUUGUGGCCCCAAUGAAAUGGAUCACUAUUUCUGUGAUGUGUAUCCUUUGCUGAAACUUGCCUGUAUGGACACCUACAGAGUCGGGGUACUGGUGGUUGCCAAUUCGGGCAUGAUGGGGUUGGUCACCUUUGUGGUCUUGAUGUGGUCUUACAUUUUUAUAUUAUACACUAUCAGGGCUUACCCCGCAGAGAGACGCCGCAAAGCCCUUUCCACAUGCAGUUCCCAUAUCACCGUUGUUGUUUUGUUCUUUGUACCUGUACUUUUCAUUUACAUCAGACCAGCCACAACUUUCCCAGAAGACAAGGUGUUCGCUCUUUUCUACACCAUCAUUGCUCCCAUGUUCAACCCACUGAUCUACACGCUGAGAAACACGGAGAUGAAGAACGCCCUGAGAAAAGUUUGGUGUCAAAAUCUACUGAUGAUUGGA